CAUGAAACGAAAAUAGACUUGUAUUUUACGAGGCAAAUCUCAAGCACUGCUGGAUCAUAGUUACAUAUGCACAUCAAAACAAGCCUUUGGGAAAGAAAAGAUUUACGGCAAUUCUCAGCAGAAAUAUCAAAAUAAUCGAAAUUCCUCUUUGCGGGAAGCUGUAUUAAAAUGACCGUCCUCCCAGCUUCUGACUUCUAAGUUCUAGCACAGCACGAUUUUGUGAACCUUUGUCAGCAAGUUGACGCGAAGGUUCGGCAGUAUGGGUGGAUGUCAACAUGGGCUACCUGUUGCCAGGCACCGUUGUGUCCGUGCUUGGAUCUCAUGUCAAGGUCCGCCUGGAUGACAACAGAGAGGUAUACACAGUUCACUCUCAUCUUGUUAAACCAUUGAUCAGCAGUGGACCGAAUGGUUAUGAAGAUAUGAUAAAAAUGGAUGACCUACAUGAAGGCUCUAUCUUAUUUAACAUAAAGAAAAGAUACAGAAAUGGUUUAAUAUAUACUUACAUUGGUCAGAUAUUGAUGUCAGUCAAUCCUUACAAGAUGUUUGAUAUUUAUGGUCUCGACAAAGUCAAGGAGUACGAAGGAAAGCCUAUUGGAGAAUUACCACCACAUAUAUUUGCCAUUGGUAAUGCAGGAUAUUACCAAAUGUUAAAAGACAAGAUUAAUCAAGUGGUUGUUAUUAGUGGAGAAAGUGGUGCAGGUAAAACAGAAUCAUCAAAGCUAUUAGUUCAAUAUUUGGCUGCAGUGAAUGAAGCGAAAGGCAGUCUUAUAACAGAACAAAUCAUCGAAGCCACACCACUCCUAGAAUCAUUUGGAAACGCAAAAACCGUAAAGAACGACAACUCCAGUCGCUUCGGGAAAUAUCUUGAACUACAUUUCGACAAGGUGGGGUCAAUUUGUGGUGCUCAGAUCUCGGAAUAUCUCUUGGAGCGUUCGCGGAUUGUUGGUCAGGCCUACGGUGAAAGAAACUAUCAUAUAUUUUAUGAAAUGCUUGCUGGACUGCCCCAAGAGGAGAAAAACAAAUAUUCGUUAAAAAGAGCCGAAGACUAUGCAUAUCUUAAUCAGGGAAAGAGCUGUGUAAUUCAAGGAAAGAACGACGUGCAAGAUUUCUGUCACCUGGUUGCAGCAAUGGAAGUCCUACGAAUCAAGAAAGAUGAUCAGGACGGCAUCUUUGCCAUUCUUUCAACAAUUCUUCACCUUGGAAACGUGUUGUUUGGUAUCAGACAGAUUGAUGGUCAGGAUGCAGCGUAUAUCCAGGGGGAUGAAGAAACAAAAAUGGCAUCAGAAUUAUUAGGACUGAAAGUGAACAACCUUUUACGUGGUUUAACACACAAAGUUACGGAGGCGAGAGGCGAACAGUUUAUGACUCCAAGAUCCCAAGAACAAGCUUACAAAUCAAGAGAUGCUCUCAGCAAAGCAUUGUAUUCAAGACUGUUUAGCUGGCUCGUAAAGAAAGCCAAUGGUGUCAUCAGCAAGGCCGAUAAAAAUAUGUCGCUGGCAAUUCUGGACAUCUUCGGAUUUGAGGACUUUCAAAGAAAUAGCUUCGAACAGCUCUGCAUCAACUACGCGAACGAAAGUCUUCAAUUCUUUUUCAAUCAAUCCAUCUUCACUCUCGAACAGGAAGAGUACCAGAAAGAAGGCCUGCAAUGGAAAUGGAUCCGAUAUUCUGACAACACGGCGUGCCUGGAGUUGAUUGGUGGAGCAAACUUUGGUAUUUUACAUCUUCUAUCGGACGAAACUACUUUUCCUAAGUCAACAGACAUCACUUUCUUGGACAAAUGCUAUCAUCGGUAUAAAAGUCAUAAAUGUUUUGAAAAACCAAAAACACACAAGCUGCAGUUUGGAAUAAGCCAUUACGCUGGGACAGUUUGGUAUAGUGUUGAGAGAUUUCUGGACAAAAAUCGAGAUGGUCUUCGAAAGGAUCUUGUUGAUCUCAUCGCUUCCUGCAGAGAACCGUUCGUGUUUAAGCUGUUUCCUGAGCUGCAGUCCUACACAGGAACAGCCACCGUGAGCGACCUUACCUUACCUCAGAAUCAAACAUUGAGCCGAGGGCAUCUUCUCAAUCCCAGCUCUCCACAGAAGUCAACUGUCGCAGCGAAAUUUCAUGAAUCGCUUGUCACUCUACUGCAGAAGAUGAGAGAGUGUAAUCCAUUCUUCAUCCGAUGUCUCAAACCAAACAAUGAAAAGUCACCGAUGUUGCUACAAACGCCGCUGGUCCUCGAACAAUUACGCUACAGCGGUGUCCUCGAAACUGUACGAAUCAGAAAGCUUGGGUAUCCGAUCAGAUAUCUCUACCCGGAUUUCUUAAGAAGGUAUCGUUGCUUAUCCUCAGGGAGGGUCAGACAUGAAAGUCAGAUGAAAGAUCAGUGUCUUCAGAUACUGCGAACAGUUGCUGGAUCACAAACCGUCAACGCUUUUCAACUUGGUUACACUAAAGCAUUUCUCAGUGAAGGUAUGUCUCAUAAGCUGGAAGAAGUGCGCUAUCGUAAAAUCAACCAAGCCACCAUCACCCUUCAGAAACACGUUCGUCGUAUGCUCUAUCGCAGAAAAUUUAUCCAAAUGAGGAAAUCUGCUGUUCUCAUUCAAAGUCAAGUUCGUGGCUGGGGUCAGAGACGCAAGUACAAGAAGAUGAGGGAAGGAUUCAUCAAGGCCCAGGCUCGAUUCAAAGCAAGGUUACAGGAGAAGGAAUAUGCAAAGUUGCGGGAAGAAUUUCGCAAGGAAAAAGCGAUCAGAACGGCAGAAGAAAACGCAGUCCAAGAAAAAAAGGAAAGAGAACAAGGUGGUAAUGUUGAUGUCACCCAGCUUGAAAUCACAACUGAUUUGGCAUUGGUCAUUACAAAGUUACCAGCCUGGGAUUUCACGGCAAUGCAGAAAUCUGUAGUUCCCGCCCCAAGUGAUGUUAUAAAGCAUAACUAUCGAUCUUCACAACUUCCUCAUGACGUUGACGCGUUUAAGUUUUCGAAGUUUGCACAUCUCUACUUUCAGGAUCAGAAAGAAUGGAAGUUUACCAAGGUCCCGAUUCGUAAUUCGUUUUUAAAACUGAAAGUUGAAGACACGGCACAGGCCGUGACCAUAUUUAAACUGGUUCUACGUUUCAUGAGCGACUGGUCAAUUCUAGAAGCUCGAGAGUUCGCUAUUGGUAACUACAUCAUACAAAAGGGCAUCAGAAGUCCAAGUUUACGCGAUGAAAUCUUCACUCAGCUCGUGAACCAAACCUGGGGUAACGGCGUUGAAGCAAGCGUGGAUCGUGGUUGGAUACUCCUUGCUUUGUGCAUGUCCUGCUUUAGACCCAGUGAAACCAUGGAGAAAUAUUUAUUAAAACAUUGUUCAGACAAUGCGUACGAUGGCUUCAAGAAUCUUUGUCAACACAAGUUGUUGUCUUGGGAUAAACAGAGACAUUUCGUUACUCGCUGUCAUCCGCCAUGCCUGCUCGAGUGGGCCGCUGUCAAGCAGAAGGCGAAUAUGGCUCUUGAAGUGAACUCUUCUGACGGUGAGAAGGUUUCAAUCGAAGUGAACUCGACCAGUACUGGUGAUCAGGUCGCUGCCAAGAUCCUAAAGGAGAAGGGUGUUGUGGAAUACCAGGGCGGUUGGAGCAUCGAUAUUAUUAAUGAUUACUGUCAUUAUUCACUGGCUGGAUCGGAUUACGUCAUGGAUUUGAUUGCUGAGCUCGAAUACCCGCCCUCGUUCCCAGUGUCUUGCUCACCCUCCGUCAUCUCGGUGGAUAUGUCCUACAAUGUUGGUCCGAAUAAAAUAAAACUACUUGAAGAUCUUCAUAAACAACGAGAAAGAAAGGAAACAUUCGAAGACAUUUCAAAAAUUUUCCUCAAUGGGGACUACAGUAUCGAUCUCCCGGAUGGUGCUCCUCGUACCGACAAAAGAUACACUCAAGUCAUCCCCGUUCCACCCUCCUCUUCACCGCGAAUUGUACACAUACCCCCACCUCCCCAAGCCCCUCCUCCUCCGCCACCACCCGCCCCUGUUCAAGCCACGAGAACAAAUGUUGAUAGUUCAAGAUAUACCAGUACAACAGUUGAUAGUUCAAGAUAUACUAAUACAACAGUUGAUAGCAAACCUUUUAUUCCGAAACCCCCCAGCCCUCCCCCUUUCCCCUCGCCCUCGGAGACAAGUGUACCCCCAGGUACAUCCCUAUAUAUCCCCCCUCCUCCCCCACCACCUCCCCCACCUCCUAUUCAAGACCCCAUGGCGAACAAAAUAAAGAAAGUGAAACAGGAUCAGAACAAAAAGGGAGCACAGAGACCGGCCCCUGUGAACGCUUACUCGCUAGACGAAAUCCGAAGAAAGGCGACCACGAUGCGAGAGAAUCGUGAAACUACGACAGUCGACGGACGACCGGUGAAUCCCGAAGAUGUCAUUGACCAGAAGGUGAAAAGAGCCUCAGAGUUACGCGCAGUUCCGAAAGAGCAACGAUUGAAGUUGGCUUAUCAGUCUGAACUUCAAGGGGCUGUUAAAAAGCGAGCUGACCGCAUGAGCAAAACCUGGGAACAAGAGGAGAUGAAGCUUGAGAUGCGUCGCGCAGAGAGGUCUGGUGCCUCUGCGACGGCCGCGAGUGAACUGGAAGCUAGAGCACAACGUGUCCGCAAAUCAUGGGCAGUUCCUGAGGAACGCGAGGAAACGUUCUCGGCUCGAAUCUACCACAAUGGUACACAACCACCACCGAACCAGGUCGUCUCUCCUGAGCUACCCACAACAGAACGAGGCCUCAAUGAUUUUGUCGACAAUCUAUUUGAUCCGGUUUUGUCAUCAAAUAUGGACGACCUUACGGACUCCUACGUUCUAACUCGGUCUAUCAAAGGUGGAGGAAAGAUGUAUCGAGCCAAUACGGUGGGCUCUCCUCAGGCCUCCAGCCCACCACCGACCUCAAGCAGUAGCGUGCAACCGGCCUUUGUUAAUGGCGGAAUGGCCACUGGUGUGAAUGGUCCCACCUUUGUACUUUUAAACAAUGGUAUGGCUAAUGGUGGUAUGAUCCCAGCUACUGGUAUGCAAUAUCAACCAUUCAUUCCUGGUAUGGCAGCCGGCAUGAACGGCUAUCUGCCAAUGCAGUACCCAAUGGCCGGCGGUAUGGCUUUGCAAGGCGUUCCACAAGCUGUGCCUGUUGUCGUUCCGGUCAGCAACCCUCAAACGCAGCCGCAGCAACAAACGCAGGGGCUCGGGACGAACCACGAUGACACCGCCAUUGAACGACAGCUGCAGGAACAAGAGAAGAAGCUCGCAGAGAGACAAGCGGAACUUGCAAAACUCUCGGAAAAACUGAACACCUUGAAACGCGAGCAGCAACAGCAACAACAGUUAGAUCAACAACGCCGGCAACAGGAACAACUGCAACGACAACAACAAGAACUAAUACAACGACAACAACAACAAAAUCAUACCCAAACUCAAGAACAUCUUCAAACAGGUCAAAAUUACCGUCCUACCCAAACCACUUCACUAAACCAUUCCAACAGCCAAAACUAUUUAUCAAACAAGUCAACCCGUUUCUCAAACCAUCCGCUACACACAGGAGCAAGUAGUUCCUUCCUCAAAAGUAAAGGUAGCCUGCUUCCACCUUCAGAAUUCCGGGAUCGUCACCCACUACCCCCGACACAACCAACCAGGAACACCACGACCGUUCAAGCUGCCUCGAACCCCCCGGAGGUGAACGAGGAGUACGUUGAUGGCCCUAUACUGAAGUCCAAGCCAGACGGGGGAGCUGCGUCGGUUGUUCUGGCCGUACACACCGGAAAACCUUCGUUUCAUACGCCCACAAAACUGUAUAAUUUACACAGUCAAACAGAACUAGCUACGACCUCGUUUACCGUCGUGAUGACAGAAAAAAGCGGGAGGACUGAGCUCUACCGCAAGUGCGCAGGCCCGUAUUUGACGUAUCAAAAUGUCAAAUGGAAAUUAUUUAUGCGGAAAGAGUUAUUUAUGGCUAAUGAAAAGCUCAGCAGUGAACUGACGCAGCACCUUGUGUUCAGACAGAUUGUCUCGGACACAUACAAAACAUGUUGCUGCAGAAUGACGCGAACCGAUCGAUACACAAUGAAACAACUGCUUGAAAAGUACGGCAUUUUCCCAGACAAGACGAGCACAAGUUCCCCGAUUGAGGAAAUUAUAAUUGAUGCAGCAAAACAACUACCAUACUAUUUCUGUAGGUUCUUCAAAGUUUCGAAACAAAACGAGAGCAUUGAUUUUCAAUACCUCGGCGUGUCUCAUUCUGGACUCCAGAUUAUCAAAAGAGAAAGAAUCACAAGUGAAUUGGAAACCAUUGAACGAUAUCUAUACGGCGACGUGUUAAAAGUCCGAGUAAACAGCGACAAAUUAACGAUAAAAACGAAAGUGAAGAAGAUUCACAUAUACACUGAUAAAGCAACAGCGGUGAAGAAACUUAUUGAUCCCUAUCUAGCUUUGGUUCAUGAAAAGGAGUCCAAAUACGUGAAAGCUAAAUUUGAUUAUAUCACAAACGAAUCAACGUUACUGAGCUUCAAGCAAGGUGAUGUCAUCAAACUGGUUGCCAAGGGCAAUCUUUCAGACGGAUGGCUCUAUGGGGAACUGAGUUCUAGGGAAGGGUAUUUCCCGGCUGAAUAUGUGACAGAUGUCAGCGAGAGGCGGCCGUCAAUGUCCAAACCUGGAACAAAAUCAUCAAUAUCCGAAGGGUCCAUUCCCAGAUCUCCCACUCCAAACUCGGUCAACAGUGAACAUUCUUCGACGUCAUUGCAAGAUGGUCGCUACUCUAUGUUAGAGUUUGCAAUGAAGUACUUCCGUUUUGGGCAUGAAAUGUAUGUGAUGCAGAGGAAGAAAGAUGGUUCAAUCAGAGGAACUAUUAAGAUCAUGGAUUCCAUUGGCAGGGCGUUCAAAGGAAACCGAAAAGACGAAUGGACGUGGAAAAACCAAGCUGAUCUUGUUAAGUUCUCGAAAUCACCAAUUCAAGCAUCGCUGUUGAAAUUCGACUCCUCAGUUCAUAACAAGAAAGCUUUGGAAUCCUUCAUAACUAUCAUGAAGUACAUGGGGGAUUACGUCAUGAUAAGGGGAGAGACUCAGUCAGAUCUGAUAUUUUAUCUCCUUUUGGCUUGUCGUGAGUAUCCGGAAUUGAAGGACGAGGUUUACUGUCAGCUCAUCAAACAAGUUACCAGCAACAAGAGCAACAGACCUGAUAGCUGCGCUAAAGGUUGGAGGUUGUUCAUCAUUCUCACCGCGUAUCUUCAGUGUUCUGAUGUUCUCAGACCAUAUUUAGUUCGAUAUUUGCAGACAAUUUCCAACGACCCGAAACGAGAAUUUCAUGGCGCUGCAGCGACGGCCGAGAUGAACUUGAUGAAGACAUUGAAGUAUGGAGGACGAAGGACUGACCCCGGGCCGGCAGAGAUGGAGCAACUUGUGCAAGGGAGAAGUACGAAGCGACUUCCAAUCUACCUCCCAGGAGGAAUUGUUAAAGUGUUGAAAGUCCAAACGUGCAGUACUGGGUAUGAUGUGAUAAAAGAUCUAUGCUCAGAGAUGGACGUGUCUGGCGAAGAUGAAUGCAACGAGUUUGGUCUGUUUACGUUCUUGGAAAGGGAGAAAUCAUUGGAUCCUCUCCGUGCUAACGAGUACGUGAUGGACGUCAUCUCGAGCUUGGAUCGAAAACGCAUCGACUACCACAUGCAUUUCCGGCGUGUGGUUUGGUUCAAGAGAUUCCGUUUUGAGAACAAGAUGUUGAUAGAUCUUCUUUAUAACCAAAUCAGUCCGAGCGUGAGGUCUGGGGAUCUUCUGGGCGGUCAGACGUUUGAUGUUCAACUACAGAAUGAAGCAUCUUUGUUGAAUGCUCUGGAUUAUCAUUUGGAAGGAAAACGACAACAACCUAACUUGAAAGACAUCGCAGACUCAAUUCCGACGUGUAUUUCGAACACGUUGCGUCCGCCGCAAUGGGUCGUCCUUGUUCAGGAUCAUUACAGAACUAUCAACCACCUCACUCCUGAUGAAAGUAAAAGGAAAUAUUUGGAUAUCGUCAGACGAUGGCGAUUCUUUGGUUCAACAUUCUUCCGAAUACGGCACUGUACACAUCCAAGAGUUGGCAGGGAAUGUACUUUGGUCAUCAAUAAAGAGGGAGUUCAUUUUCUGGCCGUUCAAACCAAGGAAACGUUACUGGGUUUCUCAUACAAUGAAAUUAUUUCAACGCGAUUGCUGAUAUCUGGCGAGCGAGGUCGACAAUUUCUUGAUCUCAAAUGCGGAAAUUUGAUGGUACAGAAAGUGACAAGAAUAGAGACUCAAUUGGGUCGUGACAUUGCGGAUCUUAUUGAUAUGUAUUUCAAAUUUCACAACAAUGAAAAAAUGGUCGGCCAGCAAAACGCCCAACAAAACGCGCAAUUAUAUAGAUAAUAAAAUAGACAAUCUUUCUAACAAUCAUAAUCAUUAAUAGAAGAAGUUAUUUUAUCGGCCUGAUAUUCUAAGUGCAUGAUUUCAUAUUAAAACUAGUAGAAAUAUUCCACAGUUAGACUAAACAGUCUCAACGCUAUCAGCGACGCACAAAAACACCUCUCCCAUAUUAAUUAUUUCCGAUUAAUGGCUUAUUUUUAACAUUAGGUUGAUUUAAGAUCACAAUAUUUAUUAUGGGAAUAUUCAUGUAUAGGUAAUUUUCUAUUUAAAAAGGAAACAAUUUGAAUGUAUUUAUUUGCUUUAGUGCUCGUAUUAUAAUUUAAUAACCAAUGUAAGUAAUUUUUGAUACAGCUUGUGUAUAUAGAAAGCACGUUG